GCGCUCUGAUUGGACAACAAGCCUGGGGUUGUACAGUAGGCUCGGCUCGGGAUCCAGCACUAGUGUCCCUCCUCCCAUCCUCCGGAGCUGUUGUAGAGGUAACGUUUUAUGUGUGUAUUCCUUUGGAAAAUGGCAUUGCUGUUCAAUCCAUCGCAGCGAUUUGCCAGCUGAUAUUCCUCCCAGAGUCAUAGAGCAGCUGAACUCAAACGCAUGCAGCGGAUCAGCGACGCACUGCGAAGGUUACCGUUGGACAUCUGGACGGGACGGCACAGCAUCAACUAAGGUUAUUGCUCGGCGCCUGGCUACUCCAUUCCCUCGGAAAUGCUGCCCUGUCUGCACAGAGUUCUACUGCGGUCGGCUCUCUCGCCUGCGUCAGGCAGCGGGCUUGUGAGGACUGCCCGCUGCAUCCACACCACUCCGGACCGCUCGGCUGCCGCUCCGCCGCCGCCGCCGCCAUGCGCGCUGGUGUCGGCGUCGUCCGUGCAGAGUCGCCACCUGGGGACCCAUCCUCUGAAGGAGCCCAUGGAGCCCCUGAACUCACCGCAGAGCGCCAAAGAGUUUAUUUAUAGCCUUCACCCGUCAGAGCGCAACGUUCUGCUGCGAGAACUACACCGGUUCGAGUCCAUGGCCAUCGCGCAAGGACAGCUGGAGGUGGCGCCACCAACCCGGGCCCAGUUGAGAUACGUUCUGCUGCACAAUGCAAUCCCCUUCGUGGGCUUUGGAUUCCUGGACAAUGCCAUCAUGAUAGUGGCUGGCACUCAGAUUGAGCUGUCUAUUGGAGUGAUCCUUGGCAUUUCAACUAUGGCAGCCGCUGCCCUGGGUAACUUGGUGUCGGAUCUUGCAGGACUGGGCCUGGCAGGCUACGUGGAGGUGCUGGCCUGUCGGCUGGGCAUGCAGAUCCCAGACCUCAACCCCAAGCAGGCAGACAUGUGGCAGACGAGAGUCAGCUCUCACGCAGGUAAGGGCAUCGGCGUGGGCAUCGGCUGCAUCCUGGGCAUGUUCCCCCUCCUCUUCUUCAAGGACGACGAGAAGAAGAAGAAGAAGAAGGAGGAGGAGGCAGCAGCGAGGGAGGAGGCAGCGAAGGCGGGCAUCGCGGAGACACAAACCCUGGUUCUCGCAGAAGUCGGCAAAUAAUGAGGUUUCGUGCCUGCACAAGAGACGUAUUACUAUUUCAUUUUAUUUUUUCAUUUUGUCAUUAUACGGUCAUUUUUGUCUGGGAUCGAUGGAUCCUGCCCGGAGAUGGAUUGCUGGAAAAAAACAACAUAUAAUCGGAGAUAUUGACGGAGAUAUUCCAAGAGAGAGGUUUGAUUCUUGGAUAAGAGAUUUGUAAUACGAGUGGGACUCAAGCAUGGCGUCACCCUUCCCUCUCGGACUGAUGGCUCCCCGGACAACUGCUGCUACUCUGCGGCAGGUGGACUUUUACCGCGGGCUCUGACCUUCAUCGCCUGGGGGUUGUGGAGUUAUCCUGAUCAUCAUCAUCAUCAUCAUAAAAAAAGAACAAACGUAUCUCCUCCCGUCUCUACUGCCUAGAGACCUCUGAAUCCAUUCCACACGUAGAGUUAGCUCAUAGUCACCGGUGGCUUUUCAAACUUUUUUUUUAUUGAGGGAUAGAAUCCUUAAACAUGUACAGCCACAUGUAUCCAUUUUGAAAAGUGUUAAGCAAGAUCUUAUAUGAAGCCCGGCGGAAGGAAAAAAAAAAAGGGCUGAUAUAAUUCUCAAAAAAAAAAGAUAUUAAUUUUCAAAGAUGUAUUGACUGAACAAAGACUAUUAUUUUGAGACUGUACAUCCUGACACCAGAGUUACCUGGACAAAAGCACAGCAUGACAACACAUUGUGACAUUGGUCCAUAGACCAUGGUGUGUGACUCUUUUAUUCAUCUCUCUACACACCGUUGUUACCUCUUCUGCACCUUGUGAACCUCAACUCACUGAAAGAGAGGACUCGGAAGCAGGUAGUAUUUAUUUUGCAUAUCGAUACUAUGCACCCAUCUUUGUAAUAACUUAAAAAACAGUACAACGACAUACCAAGCAUGUCUGCUUCCUUUACAACGUCUUGAACAGGACCAAACAUUGCUGCCCCAUUUGAUGAGUGAUAACUAAACUAAUGUCUGCUUGGAUGAUUCCUGAUCAAACUUUAUCAAACAAAGGCUUUUAUGCAUUUAUUUAUUCUAUUCAGUGAUUUUGAUGUGUUUGUCAUUUGGCCAUACUGUGUUAUACUUUUUUAAACAUAAUAUUUGAUCUUAAAUGACAUGAAGUGAAUGAUGUGCAUGACUGGCACUGUUAUACAAUACAGCCUCCCUUGCAUACGCAAUCAAACAUUCAGAGGUAUGGAAGAAUAAAAAUAGGUUUUGAAAGUGAUGGAAAAGAAAAACCGAAGGGGGGACAACUUAAGAGUAUGAAUUGUUGCCAAGCAAUAAAGAGUGUGGGAGCAGCAGGUGUUUAAAGACAUGAGGGAUUAACACUACUGGAGCCUGCUCCCUCUGACAUUUAUUAAGAAGUGCUUGUAUGGCCGCGCUCCAAAUUCCCAUGCUUCUCUUCAGGAGGUUGAACAGGAGGGUGUAGUUUGCUUCAAAAAUGGCAGGUUAAAAUGGUGGCACUAAUACGACAGUACUUUAUGAGCACAAUCGUGUUUACCGUUUUUUUUUGGGGAUAUCCUGGCUUACUGGAUAAGGUAAUAAACUGGAAAGGAUAAACACGGGGUUCAUGUUGGAAGUACAGCUCUGUUGACUGCACAGCGCUUCAUAAACAACGAUGCGCUCAAAACAACUCGUUCAUUUUCCAAAUGUUUUAUUUAUUAUGAUGAUUGGCAUCAUGGGGUUCGACUGCAGAACAAUACAACCUAGAACUCAGAGGGGGUCAUUGCCUAGAGAUAGGCUGUACAUCAGUCCAAAACAAACUUUCAUCUUAGAUCAAAUCGUUUGUUGGCAGAUAGUAUAACACAAUUGUAUUCUUCCUACGAUACCCAACCUCUAAAAUUAUACGCAAAUGUCCUACCUUAAAGAUUGGAGCCGUCUUGAACGUACAAGUCACAUACAAGGCUUACAUGUCGAUGAUCCCUCAUGCUCCCAUAAAUAUAUAAACACCUUAGGUUAAGGAUCUCUGCCUUCAUUUGUUUCUUUAAGCGUUAAAUCGUUUAAUAUAUUCAAUAUGUUUAAGUCUUGUACGGGAUUAGAGGUCUUGUUUUGUUCAGUUCUAGUUUGAUCUAGUGUUCUCAAGAUCGACUUUAUAAAGUAGAUAAUCAUUUCAUGUUUGAUUGUCGUCUUGAUUCCUCACUGAGUGGAAUCUGAGAUGCUCUGGAGUCGACCUGCAUGUCCUCCCCCAUGAAGGACCGAGGGGUCUCCAGCUAUACACUGCUUAACUAUACUAUACUCACUGCACAUAUGCGAAAAAACAUAUUUAUUUACAUUUCGAGAGUCAUGAUGUUACAAGGUAUUUAUUGAGGACCUGGGUGUUGAUGAACAUCCACUAUGAUAAAUGAAGGAGGAACAUGAAUUACUUACUAGUUAGGCCUCUUCCAUCUAAUCCCCUGAACUAUAUGGUGCAUGUAUAUCGUUUGUAAUAAAGAUUUAAAACAAAA